CUCCGCUGGCACCUCUCUUUUGUGCACCUGACAGCGAGCUGUGACGCUGCUGUACAUGCCUCUGCUGCUGUGCCUACGUCGGCCACUCUGUUGGUUGUAUUGUGUUUGCAUGCUCCUCCAGCAGCAAAGGCGUUGGCGCGCAUACAUGCGCGGCAGAAUGCAUCAAACCUCUACCGUCUGCUACUUGCAGUUGUUGGGAACCCCACGUCCACCCCUGACAAACCGACCUGCCCUUCCCACCCCCCUAUCGCGACAGAUUUUCUCACAGCAGCAGCAACAUGCCGAAACCCAGUUCUCCAGCCACACCGCCCGCUCCGAUGAGGUGCUCAACGAGUUCAGGAAGCUUCCUCAGGGCGGCAAGAUAAUGGCCGAGUACAUUUGGAUCGGCGGCACCGGGCAGGACCUCCGCUGCAAGACCCGAACCUUCCCCGCCAAGGAGGGCGGCUACGCCGUGGCCGAUCUGCUUGUUCGGCACGAGCAUUCAGACGAAUGCAAGGGGUCGUAGCGUGCAGAUCACGAGGAGUGACUGCUUCACGCAGGCGUGCCGCGCGGUGUGGCCGGGGGAUGAACCCGUGCCAGCGGCCAUUUCGGACGCCUUCCUGUCGUUAUAUUUGAGGGUGUACGAUAGGCUGCUCAUGGGGCAUGAGGGAUGGAAUGUGUGCUGGACGACGUCUUGCUCACGAGGAUUUGGAAGAUUUGCGCGCCGAUAUGCAUGUACAUGCCGUGCUUGUUUUUUAUGGCUGGUUGGUUCCGGAUCGAGCAGACCGUCGAGGAUUGUGCGUGGUUUGCCGGGCGUCUUGUCUCCGCAUGUUGUUGAGUUCGCUGGGCUAAUUUCGAUAAAUGGUACCGGCAAGGCACCCGUCGGUGAGAGUAGCGGUGGUGCAUUCUUCAAGUAGCAUUGGCAACGAGCAUUGGCACCUUUUGAAGUCACACCCGUAGAACGGCGUAGGCAUGUGUAUGUCGAGGUCAGCGUGGUGUGGUUACGAAGACAACGAAAAAAAAACUUUACG